AAGGAAAAUGGAUAAAAACCUUUAUGAAGAACAAGGGAAAAAUUUCAGAUUUGGAAUCGCGCUUCAGAUGAAAGACAAUGAAAAUACUAAUCUAUUGGAAAGAUGUAAAACUUUAGUGAAAGAGAAAGAAAGUCUGAAAAGGGAACUGAAAGAACGAGAACACAGCAUUGUGUUUGCACGUGUAAAAAAAGAUCAGGAAAUGGAGAAUUUGAAGAGAGGAUAUUGCAAAACUUUAGAAGAUCUAAAAAUAUCUGAAGAACAGAGAGAGAGGACUUCAAGAGAACUUGAGAAUGCCAAGGAAGAACUGGAAAAAUUACGGAAGAAAUUGGAGAUUCUGAAGACUGAAAAAGAAUUCGAAAAAAAAGAGAAUCGGUAUCGGGGAAUGUCAAAAACCAAUGACACAGAUCAUGCAGGACAUUCUCUGUGGAUAAAAAGGGUCACCGAACUACAGAAUAAAUAUGAUUUGUUAGAGAAGGAGAAUCAAGAACUAAAGAAAAACAAAAGUGGGAGUGAAAUGUUCAACACUAUUAGGUAUUGGGGAAAAAAUAACAAUUGA